AAAAAAAUUUGCAAUCUUGCAGCGUCCAAGAAAAUGCGGGCAUUUGCUAUUGGCGGUGGGCAGCAGGAAGGGCAGGAAGGGAGCAGGGCGGCUGCCGGAGUGGGCUGCCUACGAAGAUAAUCGAUUGGCAGCAAGACCUGCGUCUUUCAAGGCGACGGCGAUGUUGAAUACAAGGUAUGCCAUUCCCAAAUCCCCUCCUCUUCUUACAGCAUCUACCUGCCUCGUUUACUUGACUUUUUCUCAAAAUCCGAGAUUCCAUGCACAUUCUCAACGGCAGUCUGCGAAGAAAACUUCUGGCUUUUAUAAUGUCGCUGAUGCUUUAGCUUCAUUCAAUACCAUGAUCGACCUCCAUCCCCCUGCUCCCAUUCUCGAAUUCGACAAGAUUUUGGGAGCACUUGUAAGGAUGAAACAUUAUCCCACUGUUAUUUCACUUGUUCGACUGGUAGAGUUAAGGAGAGUGACGCCUUCCAUUGCCACUUUCAGUAUCUUGAUCAACUGUUUCUGCCAUAUGGACCAAAUGGGUUUCGCUUUCUCCGUAAUGGCAAAGAUUCUCAAGAAGGGUCAUCAACUCAAUAUGAUAACUCUGAAUACUUUACUUAAAGGAUUUUGUAUUAAUGGCAAUGUCUCAAAAGCACUAGACUUUCACGAGGAUCUAACCGCAAGGGGAUAUCGGUCUGAUGAAUAUACUUGUGGCAUCUUAAUCAAUGGAUUAUGCAUAACUGGACGAACAGGAGCUGCCAUUGAAUUGCUUCAAAAGACAGAGAAACAAGCGCUUAAGCCUAAUCUAGUUAUGUACAGCAUAAUCAUUGAUCGCCUGUGUAAAGAUGGACUUGUAAAUGAUGCUCGCAAGUUAGCUUCUGAAAUGAUUCUUAAGGGAAUUUUCCUUGAUAUUGUCACCUACAAUUCUUUGAUUUUUGGUUUUUGCCACGCGGGUCAGUGGAAAGAAGUGAAUCAAUUGCUGAAUGACAUGGUAAUGAAAAACAUCAAUCCAGAUGUCUAUACUUUUAAUAUAUUGCUUGAUGUAUUAUGUAAACAAGGCAGGUUAGUAGAAGUUCAGGGUAUGUUUGCCAUGAUGAUGAAAAGAGCUGUGAAACCUGAUGUCUUUACUUACAGCGUUUUAAUAGAUCUGUGUUGUUCAAGCAAUAAUGUUGAUGAGGCAAAAGAAUUAUUUGAUGGGAUGGUCAACAGAGGCCUACUUCCGGACAUUCAGAAUUACAAUGUCUUGAUUAAUGGAUAUUGCAAUAUUGACAAGAUUAAUGAAGCCAUGAGUCUCUUGAAAGAGAUGCGCCACAAAAAUCUGGUCCCUAGUAUUGUUACCUAUAAUUCUCUUAUUAGGGGCUUGUGCAAAUUAGGAAGAAUGUCAGAUGUGCAGGAGCUUGUAGUUGAGAUGGAUGAUAGUGGUCAGCCUGCUGAUGUAGUCACUUGCAAUAUCCUGCUAGACACUUUUUGCAAAACCCAACAUGUUGACAAGGCAAUUGCACUUUUUCAUCAACUAGUUGUCCAAGGAAUCUGGCCUGAUUUGGACAAGGUAGUCAGUUAUGAUUGGCGGAAAGGUGGAAGGUUGAGUUGGCCGGAAACAGAAAUAGAAGGUGGAAUACUGAAGACUGUAGAAGAAAUUUUUCAGAAUCUUUUGAUUAAAGGCUUUCAUCCUAAUGUCAAAACAUAUACUAUUAUAAUUAGUGGACUUUGUAGGGAUGGCUUGCUAGAUGAAGCUGUAACCUUGCUUUCAAAAAUGGAUGGCAAUGAUUGCCUCCCUGAUGUCAUUACUUUCAGUACAAUUAUAAGUGCCAUGCUAAAGAACAAUGAGACUGGUAAAGCAGAGGAACUUCAUCAGGAAAUGAUUGCUAGGGGUCUGAUAAGAUGAUGAAAGGCAUAUAUAGGUUCCCAUCAACCAGACUGAAGCUAUUUUCUUCUUUGUGCAUCAUUUGCUCAGUCUGGGCAGCUCUCCCUCCCUUCACUUUUUAGCAUGAUCUCUCUCUGGUAUGCGUUUUCCCCUUCUGCUAUGCCUACAAGUGUUGUCUUUGCCAAUGUCCGAACAUUAUUUUUUAUUUAAUGAUAAUUUGAGUCACUCGUGUUUAUUUUGGUAGUCAUUUCCAGUUUUCAUCAGAGGAUUGAUUGGUAUUCAGAGUUUUUGGUGUUAGAACUAUCGUGAUUCAAGUUUGUUCAUGCUAUCUGUGUCUAGGCUCACAUUAUUCUAAGUUGCUUGAUUUCUCAUUGAUGGACCUCUAAGAGAUUGAUUCUCUAGCCUCAUGGACCUUGUUGAGGCAGGAAUUAAAGCCACCAAGGGAGGAUAAUGGCGAUGCUCAGUACUAUUGGACCAUGUGAGCAGAUGGAAAUUUCACUAUGAGAUCCACACAUGAACUACUGAUGAAUGAGGAAGGGCAGCAAGAAGAUGACACAUGGGAUGUGGACAUAUGUUGGGGGAAAUGGCCUGGGGCGCAAUUGGCGAGUGUUCCUCUAGCUUGCGGUUAAAGGAAGACUGCAGACCAAUGCUGAGCGAUGUUGGCACCAGAUGAUAGAAAAUGGAGCUUACAGCAUUUGGGGCAAGGCAGAUGAAGAUGUGAAACUCAUGUUUGAGAAGAUGUGAAUGAGAAAAGGGAGUCUGGAGGCGCGUGGUCCUGAGAGGAGUGGAGUCUCUGCUUAAAAACCUCGGGAAGAAUGAUUUAAAGACAACUAGAGAGCCAAGAAUGUAGCGGAUGGACAGAGAGCAUAGUGGCUGAUUGUGUUUGGCGCCCCUUGCUGAAAAUCAUGGAAUGCUAGAAUCAGAAGCAUCUUUGUUAAUAAGAACAUUAGCUCAGACUAUAAAAUCUUUGUCAAUUUCCUGCACGCAAUUGCAUUUGUGCAUCUGACUAUAUAAUUUUUUUGGGGGUAUUAUGAUAGAAAGAAUAUACACUGAACUGUUCGAUUCGUAUGCUCCAAUUGUAUGCUUGUGAAGCACUCGUUUGUGAAAUUGACUAUAAAAUUUGUUGCUGUGAAUGAUAUUUGAUGUUAUCA